AUGGCGUCUUCUAACCCUUCUAAGCGUCCACGCUUAUCUGAAGUGGCCCAAAGUGACUCUCAUAUAGAAGAGAACCAUCAGCAUUUACAACUUCAUUCUCAACAAUUUCAACUACAAAAUAAUAUUCCAAAACAAUUAUAUCAACACAAUCCGGCUAUUGUUAAUUUCUCCUCUCCUCAACAACAACAACAAUCCUUCCCAACUUCCUCAGAUAAUAUGGAUCCUUUAUUACAGUCUUCUGACCCUGAUAAUAAAAAUGAAGAGUCUUUGAAUAAACAAGAUUUACAACGACUUGAACAAGUCAUCGAUUUAGUGUUUCCAGAUAAAUCCGCUGCAGCAAAAGAAGCAGCUACAAAACUUUUAAAUUCUUCAACCAUUCAAAGCCAGUCUUCUUCUUCUUCUACAAGAGAUGAUAACACAACUUCUGUUGUUCUUGACUUUCCGAUCCUUUCUGAGCAAGUUACUGAAACAGAGCAGAUAAUUUCUCCGUUGGGUUUUCUGCUAAACCAUACCUUUCCUAAUUCUAUUGUUGAAUUAGUUACCAAACUUAACAAGAUGUCUAUAAAUCCUGCAAGUUUGGAUUUUCUGAAUCCAAAUUCUAAUCCUUCAUUCGCUUCUGCGAAUAACCCAUCUUUUACUGACCCCUCAGCUAAAUCUCCAGGCCCUCCAACAAAAGAACUAUGUAAAAAAUUAAUAAACGAAUAUUUUACCAAAUUUAAUGUUGUCAUUCCUAUCCUUAAUCGUAGAAAAUUCAUGAGUCAUUCUGGUGAUAAAACAAAACAUUCCGAAUUGCUUGUCAACGCAGCUUUGGCUGUUGCUGCGGCAAGAUAUUCUGAUGAUCCUUCAAUUCGAAAAACUCCCAAUAAACCAGGCGUUCAAAUGGCCCAUGCUUUACAUCUUGAACGUGAUGAUACUUCUUUACCUUUAGAAGAAGAUGAAGAGAGACGAAGAUUAUCACGCAUACUCGGUCAAAUUUGGAAAUUUGGUUAUUCUUCUCAACCAAAAGCAUUUCGUGCAAAUUGGUUGGAUCAUGCAACUGAUCAAAAAAGCGUUUUAAGACAUAUACGUUCGGCAUUAGCAAAAUGGCUAAAAGAAUUACCUGACGAAUUACAAUAUCAAUAUUUACCUAAUAAUGACCAACAAAAUCACAUACAAUUAACGACUUUUUCUACUUUUGCAGGUGCUAGAAGGUCCAUAAAUGAUUCGAUUGAAGAAUUAAGAUUGGCUGCUGAAAAUUCUAAAUUUACUUCUCUUCAAGAAAUGGUUAAAGAAUUGGAAGGUGUUAUGAUGAUAGCUAAUGGAAAAUCUUCUGAUAUCGUAAUUCCAUUUCCUAUUGUUUUACAAAUUUUGGAAUCUCGAAACAGUUGUGGUCUACCCAAUAAUAAUAAUUUCGCCAAUAAUGGAAAUGUACCAUUUGGUAAAAAUUUUGGUUUAUCAAAAUCCUCAAUUAAUUACAAGUCUACCGGUCCUGUAUCAUCCAACUUACCAGAUGAUGAUUUAAAAAUGGUUGAUCCGCCAAAAGUUGAAUUUAAUUCAACUGAGCAAACUCCUGAACAACCGGUUGCUAAUAGCUCACCAACAGUAACAUUAUUACCUGAAACUAAUAGAUCACCAUCAGUAACUUUACUGAAUGAAAAGUUAGCACCCACAUCCUUAUCAUCACCAAUAAACUAUCACCAACAACAUCCUCCCACGAUACAUCAACAACAAACAAAUCCAGAUGUGUAUAUGAUGUCACCUGAUUAUCAAGAUCAAACUUCAUUACAAUUUAAUCAACCUCAAUCUAACAUUGGACAUCAUAUAUUAUCUAAUUCAACUGCACCGUGGGACCAACCUCCAUUCUUUAUGGAUAACGAAUUAUAUGGUUUUGUGAACGCUCAUAAUUAUAGUUUAAUCGAUGAUUUGACGGGAUUAUAUUCAACAAUUAUGAAAGAUGUUGAUGGAAAUAAUUCUGCCACUCUGUAA